AUGAGCAAGGGAGAGAAUAAAGAAAAGAUCCAGCAACUGGAUGAUUCCCAGGUGCGGGAGAGACAAUCCCAUCAGGAUCGGUGGCCCCUGCAGGAUGAACAAGAAGAGGUAAGAGAACGAGAGCAAGAGAGGAGGAGCUGGCAACAGCGCGAAAGGCAAUUCCCAGCUGAAGAACUGCUGGAGAGGGAGGAGCAAAAGGAAGCCAAAAGGCGAGACAGAAAUUUCCGAGAGGAAGAGCAGCUGCUGAGAGUGGAAAGAGAAGAGAAAAUACGCCAUCAGGAAGAAGACAGAGAGUUCCGCGAAGAGAAAUAGAAGCUGCGCCGGCCGGAACGCGAGCAACAGCUUCACCGGGAGCGAGAUAGAAAAUUCCGCGGGGGACAGCUCCGCCGGGAAAGGGAAGAACAGCUGCGCCGCCAGGAGCUACAGGAUGCCUUCUCCCAGGGGGAACAACUUAGGCGCGCCGAGCAAGAGGAAGAACAGAGACGUCCGAGGCAGAGAGACAGGAAGUUCCUAGAGGGAGAGCAGAGGCUCCGGCAGGAGCGAGAGUUAGAAAAGCGACGCGCCCAGGAGAAGGACAGUAAGUUCCUCGAGCAAGAAGAGCAGCGGCAGCGCGAGGGGCAGGAAGAGCUGAGGCGCCGGCAGGAGCGGGAGAGAAAACUCCGGAAAGAAGAACAGCUCCGCCGCCAGCAGCAGGAGGAGCAGAGCUGCAGCCAAGUCUGGGAGGAGGACAAGGGCCGUCGGCAGGUUCUGGAGCCCGGCAAGCGUCAGUUUGCCAGUGCCCCGGUGCGCUCCAGCCCUCUGUACAAGUACAUCCAAGAGCAGCGAUCUCAAUACCGCCUUUAAGAGAUGCUGCCAAAUCCCGACACCUGCCAAAGCUUCGAGCAAAGGAAAACGAGAAACACUAAGUAACAAAUGACUCUAAUGUUUCCGGUUGGGGGAAAACUCUCUAGUGUUAGAAUAUCUCUUUUUUACAAAAUCUUAAGCUACACUCUUUCAUGUACUUUGUACUCCUGCCUUUUAUUCUUCCUUAAGUAGUUCUUUACUGCAGGAUGUCUUUGCUCUUUGGUGCAGAUGUGGUGUGCAUUUUUUAAAAACAUAUAAGCCAUUUCAUUUCUUUAAGGAGUUUUGUUUGGGGAACACGUUCAUUUAUUGCUUUCAAAAGUAACAAGAAUAUUAUGUAGAUUUGAGAUUCAAAAGAAUGGGUCUGUUUUUUAAUUUGUUGAUCCAUCUUGUAGAGAGUUCAGAUAUAUUUGAUGUUAAAGUUGGUAUUUCUUCUUGGGCCUAAAUUACAUUAAUAUUUACCUCCAAAUAUCUUGUCACUUUUUGUAGCAUAAUUAGCACAGAUUCUGCCAGGGGACUGAAUUUUUACAACAAUGCUUGAAUAGUGCAGGGGGAAUGGCUUCUCCAGAAAAACUCCCUGUGAAAUCAGCCCGUAACUGGAAGAAAUAUCUGUUAAGAAUAAGGUUUAGCUUGAAGACUUAGAAUUUGAAUUCGAUUUUUUUUACACUUAACUCUAUAAGUAUUUAAAAUCUCAUGAAGCAAAAGCAAGGUGUUUCUCAAACAACUCCAGAGCUCAAACCUUAAAACCAUGUCUGCUUGUAGUCUGUAGUGCUCAGUUCCUUUCCCCCAGUCUUCGAUGAGCUUGAGAAUAUUACUACCUUUGUUAAUUUUAGCUGAGAGGGGACCUGCUCAGGAUCCUGUAAACAUCUACCUUGCUCUAGAGCCAACCAGAGAUCACAGAGCAUUUUGGGGAAGGGAAGGGGGAAUGUUUGUGGACAGAGGGGCAUGUCCCUGGAGGCCCUUUGACAAGACCCAUCAGCCCACAAUCCUUUGAGGCCUAUUGAUACUACUUUGGAGACAUACUUGUUAAAAUAAUUGCACUGUGUAAAAAAUAAUAAAUGUUUUGGCAAACAAUUA